GGAAGGUCAGCAGCCUCCCCCAGUGUUUGCUAACCCGCUCAUGGAAUGGCCGCCUUGGAUGGAUCGUUAAGCUCUAUCACGAGGAAACGCCACACCUCAACCUUCUUGUCAGAGUAGACAUGAAAGUGCUCGUUACCCCCAAAUUUGGGGGGCUUAUAAUUUCAAGUCCGGAGCUUGUUUCGUAUGAAGUGUGCAAGGACACGCGAUGCCUCAAGCCCGUGGCAAUCGCGAUUGUCCCUACUAGCAGCAAUGGUAUACAUCUUCGGAAGUCGUUGCAUCAAAGUCUGGACAGCACCUUUCCAAUCACUUUCCAUGACCAGAUACCGGGGAGCAAUGCAACCGCUGCCGAGGUCAGACGCUGGAUCAAGCUGUGGUUCCUCGAGCACGGAGUCUCGCCAAAAGUCACUAGCAUGGCCCUGAAGAAGUCGAUCAAUCGGCUGGAAUGGGAUGGUGAAUACUUGUGGAAACAUAGCAAACACGAGAUGCAAAGGUAUUUGAAGGAUUUGGGGUUCUCUGAGGCAACGACUACUUUACUUGGACGCGACAUUGUUGAAGCUCGGACUCGUUUCGAGGUCUGGAGGCUCGUCGUGAAGCUCCUCCUUUCAGUCGCACUUGUUCUUCUAGCUGUCUAUGUUGGCUACCAACUUCUCUAUCAGUAGGAUUUAGACCUCACUGCAUGAUGUCCAGCCAAAUGAUCAGCAGCAAACAUAAAAUCCAUACCAGUGUCUCGGACAUAAUCCUCGUGGCGUAUACUGUUGAGUCUACCAUUGGAACAGUCUGGACAUUAUUUCUCUUGUUGAUACUUUAGCGUUCUUCGACUUUCUCUAAUAUCUAUUUUUGUCCUUUCUACCAGAUUCAAUUCGUAUAA